GUGGCUUCCAACAUGGUAGAGUCACCAGAGGACCGUGAUGUGAGAUGAAAGCACUUGUGAUGUCAUGAGGUGGUGGUCUAAUCCAGAACCUGCUCCUGUUUGUUCAAAUUCCACAAACCAUCAGACUCCAGCUUCCUUUGAUAAGAGGAACCCUGAUCUGAAGCUAUGUUGUAAGCCUCAUUUGACCUGUUCCACUCUGCAGUACAUUAGCAGAAGAUACAGAACAAGUUGAAGACCGACCAUGGAUAUUUUCGGAGGUGCCCCGCGUGUACUGGGGUAUCCGCGUCCCGUGCUGGCCCCUUUUGGAAGCGACGCCACACUACGCUGCCAAAUCGGCGGAGACCCUCGCCCGGACGUGAUUUGGGAACGCAAAAAUAUCCAGAUCUUUUCCGAGGGCCGCUACAAGCUAUCGGAGGACGGCAAAGCGUUUCUUCUAACUAUAAGCUCAGUAACACCAGAAGAUGCAGGCCAGUACAUAUGCAAGGCCAAAAACAAUGUGGGCGAAACGUACGCAGCCGCUACCUUAAAAGUGGAAGAACAGCAAGUCCAACAGUCAGUCGUCAAUGGAGAUUCAAGACAAGUGAACGGAUAUAGCAAAUUACAAAACGGAAAUUGCGUGAAUGAAAAUGGAAGGUUAGUUAACGGAGAGGAAAAGAUGAACAAGUUGAUGGAAAAACACGAUGACGAUGAGUUGAGUUCUGACCGUCCACGAUUCCUUAUCAAACCACUGUCGCUACGAGUUGACCGGGGAGAGGAUGCAGCGUUUUCGUGUAAGAUCUGGGGUUCUCCAUUGCCAGAAGUGGAGUGGGAGAAAGAUGGUAAAAAGCUCGGAGAUAUCUUUGAAAACUCCCAUUUUAGCGUGAGCAGUCAAGAAGGCGGAUGGUUCCAACUCAAGAUCUACCGAACGAGAAUCCCGGACAAAGGGGUGUACACGUGCAAGGCGGUCAACUGUAACGGCGAAGCGUUGGCGGGCGCGGUUUUACUCGUAGAACCCGUGCCGGAGAGAGAAGACAGCAAGAGGUCGUCCAGCGGGCACACGAACAGCCAAAACUCACCCAGGCUACGAAGUGGGAGGCUAGGCAUACUCCGGAACAAAGACGAAACGCCGGUCAAUCCGUCGAAAGUGAAGAAGUUCGCGGUGGCAGAGGGGAAACACGCCAAGUUCCGUUGCCUGGUGACGGGGAAGCCCAAACCGGAAAUCGUGUGGAAGAAGGAUGGAGUUCCGUUGGAUCCAGGGAGAAGGCAUCUGAUGUUUGAGGACAGGGAGGGAUACUACACGCUGAAGGUUCUGUACUGUAAGAGAGAGGACACGGGGCUGUACGUGUGCGCCGCCUCCAACGCACUGGGGAAUACACUGAGUGCAGUGCAUCUGUCUGUCAAAGGCCCUUCGGUGCGGUUCAGGAAGCAGCUCAAGGACGUGGAGGUGUCUGAGAACGAUGUGGCUGUGCUGGAGUGUGAGAUGCCUGAUGAGACCCUGCCCGCCGCCUGGUACUUGGAGGACCAGAGGCUCAUGCCCAACCAGAAGUACGGCAUGGAGCAGAAGGGCACCAGGAGGCGCCUCACCAUCCGGGACGUGGGCAUGGACGACGACGGGGUGUACCUGUGUGAGAUGCCUGAUGGAGCCAAGAGCAUCGCCGAACUGUCAGUCAAAGGCCCCAUCGUGCGUAAACUGCCCCGUAAGCUGGAGGUCCUGGAGGGGGAGAAUGCGGCCUUCUGUGUGGAGGUGGACCAGGACGACAUGGAGGUCCACUGGUUCAAAGACGGAAUCAAACAACACGAGACCCACCAGACCAUCCUCAAGUCCUUCGGCAAGACACACAUCCUCGUCUUCGUCAACGUGGCCUACCAGGACUCUGGGGUCGUGACCUUUGUGGCAGGGAGGUCCACCACAACAUCCAGACUCAAGGUUAAAGCUACACGACACCUCCCGCCCAUCUGCCCAAUCAACAUCAAAAUGGACGACGACCGACCCAACAGCGCUCUGCUCAGCUGGUCCCCGUCCCCCAACAGCCAGACCACCACUCGCUCCAUGUUUGUGGUGGAGAGGCAGGAGGUGGGCUCCCAGGAGUGGCAGAAGUGUUUCAGCUCGGAGACCGCCACCUCCGCCGAAGUGUCCGGGGACAGCGUGCCAGGGGAGGGGGACUACCGCUUCAGAGUGUGCUGCAUCAACAAGUACGGGCGCAGCGGGCACGUGGAGUUCCCCAAAACGGUUCAUCUGGUUCCCGGUCCAAAGAUCCACAGCCCUCUUCAGGCCUGUGAGGUGGUGGAGGGAGAGGAGGCUCGCUUCUCCAUAGAGCUGUCCUCCUCCAUGGUCGGGACGUGGUUCCUGAACAGUUCUCAGCUCCAAAAUGGUGGACGCUACUUCAUCCAGCAGUCUCAGGCUCACCACACGCUGGUCAUCCAGGAGACACAGGCGAUGGAGGACGGGGCAGAGAUCACCUUCAUAGCCAACGGAGUGAGGGACUCUGCAGUGCUCAAAGUCACAUCUGCUGUGUUCAGUUUCACCCCUUUAUCGCCGUCGGACAGUGUUAAAAAGGUGGACGCAGGAGAUGCCAUAGUGCUGUACUGUGAAGUGUCCCAUCCGUUUGCUAAAGUGUCGUGGUUCAAAGACGGAGAGGAGCUGCAGGUGAACGAGGGGCUGAACAUCCAGUCUGAUGGGACCAUGAGGAGGAUCGUGGUGCACCAGGCUGAUAAAGAGCACUCUGGAGUCUACACCUGCAAGACUGACCACGACACUAUUGAGUUUAAGGUGGACGUCGCUGGUCCUCCAGUGCUGUUCAGCCCUGUGCCUGAGGAGGACCUGCAUAAGUGCAGUAUGGAGCUGGACCCUGUGGUACUGGUCUGCCAUGUCUCCAGAGAGGAUGCCGAAGUGGUCUGGUUAAAGGACGGCUGUGAGCUUAGUCCUGAUGAGCACGUGACGCUGCAGGCUGAGGGCACCAUGAGGAGGCUGAUCGUGCGCUCGGCUAAGGCCUCAGACGCUGGAGUGUAUGUGUGUCAGGCAGGAAGCAACAGCAUGGAGUUCACUGUCAACAUCAGAGAGCCCCCGGUGAUGAUCGUGGAGCCUAAAGACGACCAGGUGGUGGACUGUUACAUCUGUGAGGCCGUGCAUCUGCAGUGUGAGCUGUCCAGGAGCAGCGGCCGAGUGCGCUGGUCCAAGGACGGUCAGGACGUGGAGGAGAGCACCAACCUCCAGAUCAUCUCAGAAGGUCCAUACAGGAGACUGAGCAUCCUGGAGACCACAGCAGAGGACAGUGGAGAGUAUGUGUGUGAAACCGACGGGGAUUCUGUCUUCUUCCAGCUCAAUGUGACAGAGCCACCAGUUCGCUUCGUCUACCCGACUGAACCCGAGUUAGAACUGACCCACAUGGCUUCGGAGAGACUGGACCUGUGCUGUGAAGUGUCUAAGCCGGAUGCCCCGGUCGUCUGGUACAAGGACGGGCUGGAGGUGGAGGAGGGGCCCAACCUCUAUCUGGAAGUGGACGAAGCUAAACGCACACUGGUCAUCCCUGUCCCGACGAUGGAGGACACAGGGGAAUACGUGUGUGACACUGAGGACGAUUCUGUGGCCUUCUUAGUCACAAUCACAGAACCUGCUGUUGCUCUCUCUCGGCCCAAACACCUCCCGGAGACUCUGAAGUGCAGCACAGACAAACCCAUAGUUCUGGAGGUGGAGGUGUCUCGCCCAAGCGCAGAUGUGACGUGGCUCCUGGAUGGUCAGCAGAUACAGGAGAGUCCAAACGUUACCAUGUCAGCGGAAGGACUGGUGAGACGACUGACCAUCCACUGCCCCUCCCCCUCGGACACCGGGAAAUACACCUGCGACGCCACCGACAAUCAGAUACAUUUUCAAGUGAAAGUUUCAGAGCCUCCAGUGAAGAUCUUAAACAAGUCCAGCGUAAACACCAGCGUGACCUCGACUCUCUCUGAUGACGUGGUUCUGGAGUGUGAGCUGUCCAGGCCCAACGCUGUGACCAAAUGGUACAAAAACGGCGAGCGCAUAGAGAACCACGAUCGUCUGUGCGUGGAGGAGGAGGGGGCUUUCCGCUCUCUGGUCAUACUGAGCGCUGAGCUGGAGGACAGUGGCGAGUACUUCCUGGACGCUGGGGACGAUGCGAUCAGCUUUCAAGUCACUGUUCAAGAGCCUCCAGUGCGUAUCAUUGGAAACUCAUGUGAUGUGGACUUCCAGGAGAUGGUGGCAGGAGAUGAGCUGAUCUUAGCCUGUGAAGUGUCCCGGGCCAACGCUCCGGUGCGGUGGUUCUGUAACGACAGGCUGCUCACAGACGACCCCCGUGUUUACAUCGAGAGCUACGGAACUCUGCGCAAAAUCAUCAUCUCUGACGUCCAGCCCUCCGACUCCGGGAAGUACAUCUGCGACGCCGGGGAUGACAAGAUGGUCAGCAUCAUCAGAGUGCAAGAAUCUCCGGUCACGUUCCUAAACAAAGAGGAGGACAUAGUUCUGAUCGGGUAUGAAGCAGAGAGUCUGACCAUGAGCAGUUACGUGUCCCGGGACAACGCUCUGGUGCGCUGGCUCAAGGACUGGAGCCCGGUGGAAGGAGAGCGCUUUAAGAGUGAGGCGGACGGAUACAAGCGCACUCUGACUAUAGACCCCCUGAGGAGAUCUGACGCUGGAGAGUACACAUGUGACGCACACACUGACCAGGUCCACUUCAGCCUGCUCGUCAAAGAAAUGCGAGUGAAGUUCACGCGCCCCCUGCAGGACAUGGUGGCCCACGCGGACGGGAUGGUGACCCUGAGCUGCGAGGUGGGGAGGCCCAAAGCGGACGUCCAGUGGCUGAGGAACGGAGAGGAGAUCGUGCCGAGCCGACGAUACACCAUCAGGGCGGACGGGACGGAGAGGAGCCUGACCAUACACAGACUGACCCGGGACGACGCCGGGGAGUACGCGUGCGAGUCUAAGGACGACCGGACGGCGGCUAUACUGGCCGUGGAGAUGCCUCGGGUGGUAGAGUUCCUGACAGAGCUCCACAACACCACGGUGCUGGAGGGGGAGGAUGCCACCUUUAAGUGUGUGGUUUCUCCAGAGGACGUGAGCCUGGUGUGGACGAUGGACAACGAGCCCAUAGUGUUGGGCGGGCGCUUCGAGGCCAUGCGCAACGGCCUGUGCCACACUCUGGUCAUACACAAGUGCCAGAUGUUAGACUGCGCCCGCAUCAGUGCAGAGGCAGAGGGCAAGGUCAGCAAGGCCAGCCUCAAAGUACAGGAGGCUCAGAUCAUGUUCACAAAGAGGAUGGACUCAGUGAUGGCGGAGGAGUUUGAGGACGCCACGCUGCAGACGGAGAUCAGCCUGGAGACGGGGGAGGUGCAGUGGAUGAGGCAGGGGGUGGUCAUACAGCCGGGCCCCAGGUACACGCUCACGCAGGACGGGCGUGUGCGCAGUCUGACCAUCCACAACCUGACCCUGUCCGACCGGGGGACCUACCGCUGCGAGACCCUGCACGACCGCACGCAGGUCAAGCUCAACGUGGAACCUCGAAAAAUCACAGUCCGUAAGCCUCUGUUGGACCAGGAGGUGUUCGAGCGUGAGACGGCCUCCUUCGAGCUGGAGCUGUCCCACGUGGACGUGGAGGGCGUCUGGCAGAAAGACGGCAUCCGAGUCAAACCCAACAACCAGUUCAUCGUCAGCCGCAACGGCCGAGUGCACGGACUCACCCUGUCCCACCUCAGCCUGGAGGACACGGGCACCAUCGUGUUCACCGCAGAGGGGCUCAGGACCUCGGCCAGGCUCACCGUCAACGAGACCCCAGUGUCCAUCAUCCAGCCUCUGUCAGACAGUCGUGUGGAGGAGGAGUCUCAGGUCACUCUGGAGUGUGAAUUCUCCAGACAACUGCUGGAGGUCAAAUGGUACAAGAACGGGAAGGAGCUGAAGCCUGGGAAGAACAUCCGGAUCUACUCCAUGGGCCGGAAGCGCUUCUGUCAGAUCCUGCAGUGCUCCAAAUCGGACUCUGGAGUGUACAAGUGUGACACAGGAGAACUCAACACAAUCUGUAGUCUAGAGGUCUACGAGCACAAGCUGGAGAUCGUGCAGGACCUGGAGGACUUGGACAUCCAGGAGGAGCAGAACGCCGUGUUCAUGUGUGAGCUGUCUCUGGAGGACGUGAGCGGGGAGUGGUACAAGGACGGGACCAGGAUCAGACCCACCAGCACCGUCAAGAUCAGGACUGAAGGCACUAAACACUUCCUGUUAAUGUGCAACGUGAAACCAGAGGACGCAGGAGAGAUCCGCUUUGUGGCCAGAGACGUGGAGUCCAUCGCUUACCUCGAGGUGGAAGAGCUGCCGGCGACUGUAGUGAAACCUCUUCGCGACCGCACGGCUCUGGAGAAGCACCGCGUGAUCCUGGAGUGCACCAUGUCCUCUCCCCGCUGCACCGCCGUCUGGUUCAAAGGUCACGAGGAGCUGGACCCCUCGGACAGGAUGGAGAUCAGGACGGACGGCUGCACGCACAAGCUCAUCAUCCAUGAGGUGGCGCUAGAGGACGAGGGCACCUACAGCAUCCAAGUGGGGGAGCACACGUGCAAGGCUAAGCUCCUGGUGGAAGGCCAGUCUCUGGUGGUGGUGAAGGAGCUGGAGGACGUGCAGGUCACGGAGCAGGACACGGCGUGUUUCCAGUGUGAAGUGUCUGUGGACAUAAACAAGGCCCCCGUGUGGAGUCUGAACGGGGAGAGCCUCCAGCCGGGCCCCGGGGUCCGUCUGGAGAGCCACAGGACGCUGCACAAACUGUACCUGAAGAAGCCCACGGUGCACAUGAGCGGGACGGUCCGCUUCACUCUGGGCAAGGCCAAGUCCAGCGCCAGCCUCACCGUCACACACGAGUGAAAACUGCUUUUCCACGAGGGGAAGAGACUCUUUUCUUUAUCAGAAAAUACUGGGGGGGGCAUAAUAUCAGUAAAUAAAUACUGUUCUGAGUAGCUAUUUCAAUUUGAAAGACCCUGUACCUGAUUUUGUCCCUAUUUAUUUGAACUAAACAUGUCGAUCCCGAGUAUGGACAUAUUGCAUAAGCAGCUCUUCAGGUCAAAACAAGUCCACUUUGUACUAGCUUCAUCUAGUGUGUUUUAUUGUCCUAUAAUCAGGAAGUGCACUGUUAUCAUGCUAGUUGUUGUUAGUAUUACCGCUACAGCAAAACUCCGCUCUGGUCUCUGAGUUGUAAGACGCUCUUAUAAAGUCAUCGUGGGGAAAAAGUUUGGACGUCUGCAAACUGUUUCACAUGAUCGAGUUUUUCACAUUUUCACGUUAAGACAUUUUAAAAAAUCGGGUACAGCUUCUUUAAAUAGUUACAAAUACAACUGAAUAUAACUUAUAUGAAGACGGAUAAGGGCUGCUAUUUCAUGAUGUUUUCUGAAUGAUGAAAAGAAGCUGAUUGUAGCAGCCCGUCCUCCUCUGCUCAUGCUUUUAUAUGUCCAUGAAGACACUCAUUUGUAUCGUCCAAUUUUCGAGUUAAUAAAUAAACAUUUUGUUGUAU